AUGUGGGUCGCACGCAGCUCGCUGUUGGCGCUGGCGGCGCUGGUCGCUGCCGUCUGUGCGCAGCAGCAGCAGCAGUCCAUGAGCGCGCUGGACAGCCUGCAGCUGCUGCUGGACCGGCCGGGCGAGCCGGUCUUCUACCCCAAGGGGGACAACGGGGAGGUGCACUUUCGGAUUCCACCGGACAAGGCGUCGGAGAUCACGGACCGCUUCGGCCAGACGGCGCCACGCGCCAGCGUCGCGCCGCCCAGGCGUCCGGCAGCGGCUCGCAGGGCGAGCGCCGCGCGCCGAGGCGGCCCCUUGCACGGUCAACGUUGCGUCCCCGUCGCCUGCUCCGAUGCUCGGCUGCCCAUGAGCUGGGCCGGCGCGCAGCACUUUCACAUGUUUGGCAUUCCCUACGACCGUGCGCCGAUGCCCAGCGGCUCGUGCCCGUCUUGCUCCGUGCGUUGGCCUGGGCGCGUGCGCGCCCUCACGUCACGCUGCCACGACUCAGCGCUUCUCAGACCACUCAGGCGCCUCAUCCGGUGA